AUGGCGGCACAAUGUGCAUAUGAAACAGGAAAGACUAUUGUCGAUAUGGUGCAUGCAGACCGCAAACCCAGUGAUAUUAUGACCCGAGAGGCAUUCGAAAACGCCAUUGUAGUGAAUAGCGCCAUCGGGGGAAGUACAAAUGCUCCGAUACAUCUGAUUGCCAUCGCUCAACAUAUUGGAGUUGAACUCGAUCUCGACGAUUUCGAUCGCAUUGGAUAUGAAAUCCCACUCAUAUUGAAUGUCCAGCCGGCCGGUGAGAUGCUGUGUGAGGAGUACUACCAAGCUGGGGGACUGCCAGCGGUAAUGGCUGAGCUCCUAGAUGAAGGUAGGCUCCAUGCCGAGAUAUUAACCUGUACUGGUAAGACGGUGAAAGAUAUCGCACUUGGAAAACAUUCGUGGGACAGAAGGACAAUCAAAAAGUACUCCGAUCCAAUCAAGGCACGUGCUGGAUUUGCGCACUUGAAAGGCAAUCUGUUUGAUUCUGCAAUCAUGAAGACUUCUGUGAUUUCACUGGAGUUCCAGGAGGCAUAUCUGUCCGAUGUUAGUGAUCCCAAUGCAUUUGAAGGUCGAGUUAUCGUCUUUGAUGGGCCGGAAGAUUACGAGAAACGCAUCGAGAAUGGUGAGACUCUUAUUGACGAAAGAACAAUUCUCGUAAUGCGAGGGGUUGGUCCGCUAGGAUACCCUGGCGCUGCAGAAGUUGUCAACAUGCGAGCCCCCAGUCACCUACUGAAGCGAGGCAUCCAUUCCCUUCCAUGUAUUGGAGAUGGGAGGCAAUCUGGUACCUCAGGGUCACCAUCUAUACUCAACGCAAGUCCUGAAGCGGCCGCUGGAGGUAAUCUAGCAGUGAUACGUGACGGGGAUCGGCUUCGGAUCGACUUGAUGAAACGCCGUGUCGAUCUCUUGCUAUCUGAAGGUGAAAUAACGACGCGGAGGCAGCAACUUACCUUAUCUGGUGGGUUUUAUUCUCCCGAGAGCCAGACGCCCUGGCAGGAGAUCUUCAGACGGGAAGCAGGGCAGCUAAAUGAAGGCAUGGUUCUCCGUCGUGCUGUCAAAUAUCAGAGAGUCGCACAGCGCUGGGCAGUCCCACGCCACAAUCAUUAG